AUGUCCCGAGGUCCACGAAUUAUGGCUUAUUCUCCUUACUUCGCUAGCAUUACUUCAGAAUCCGCCUUUAAGACUCGCUUUAAAGCUGAAAAUCGACAAGUCUUCGAAAACCUUCGCAAUGCCGCCGCUAGUCACUGGGACCGGGGUCAUCUGUUUGCAUGUCGGGUCGUCAGGCGUGAACCCCAGCGCAACAUCCUUCCUGUCCUAUCCCAAUAUACAACCCCCACCGAUAUAGAUUCUGCAUCAGAUGAGAUCAAACUGUUUCUAAAAGGGCCUGACAUGGGGUCGAUGGCUCAGAGCGAACAUUCCUUAAUACGGGGGUCUAAUUACAGUAUAUCUCUGGCUCAAAUUUGGGCAGCAAUGGCCAUGUUUAAAGGCAGCCCUGACCGUCGUACGCAAAACAUUACUAAGGAUGACGAUAUAGUUGAAGAGGAUUCGAUUAUACCUGCUGAUGAGCUCGAAACGAGGCACCCUAAGCGUGCUAGACGAUUUACGAAUCAACCAGGCUUCGUCGAAUCUGGCAGUAUUCAAGUUGACUCUAGCAGCCCUCUUGCUGAAGGCUCCUCUCAUAGUAGUAGUCCUCAGGAGUCCUCAUUAGGAUACGUUGACUCUGACCUACAUAUUUUGGCCGUGUCGCCAGAAGACGACACUAUGCGACUUGCUUCCUGCGUUAUUCGGCAUAUUCUCUACUUUGGCGCACCCCAACACUCGAAUUGGAACCCAAAGGUGGUUGAGUUUCGAGAUGCUAAAAUAAGGCUAGACGCUAUCACAACAAGACGGGAGCGACACAUAAUUGCCAUUGAUGACGGUGGCCUGUGUCUGCGAAAACAUGAGCCUACCAAGGGAUUUGUUUUGGUCAACAAUCACAUAGCUGUAUUGGAGGCAAAGACUCGGUUUCAGUGUCUCCAAAAUGGCAGACCCAUCAUAUCGGACGAGUGUUUUGCGCAGAUGACUUGUGAAGCCCUAGCAACAAAGUUAUCUAGCCCUUCUUUUCCACAGAGGUAG